AUGGAGUUGUUUCAGGACCUAGUGAAGGCCAAGGGUUGUAUCUCCUCACCCUUCAACUCCUAUGAGGUGCAGAAGAUCCUGGGCUCAGGAUCUUUCGGCCUGGUCACCCUCUGUCGCAAAAACAGCAGCAACCAGAAGGUGGCGCUCAAGAUGGUCAAAAACGCGUCCGGUGCAGCUGAGGACCUAGUGAAGGCCAAGGGUUGUAUCUCCUCACCCUUCAACUCCUAUGAGGUACAGAAGAUCCUGGGCGUAGGAUCUUUCGGCCUGGUCACCCUCUGUCGCAAAAACGGCAGCGACCAGAAGGUGGCGCUCAAGAUGGUCAAAAACGCGCCGGGUGCAGCUGAGGCUCAAUGCAUGGAGUUCUUGGCUAUGUGUGGAUCUGCGUCCCACCACAUUGUUGAGAUGUUCGGCAGCUUCAACUUCAACGGUACAUUAUGCCUUCAGUUUGAAGCCCUGGACAUUAGUCUGGGAGACUUCUUGAAGAAGUCAUCGUCUCUGCCGCUCCACCAAAUCCGGCCAAUCAUCACACAGAUGGCCGAAGCAUUGAUGUUUUUAAAACGCAUCAACGUUAUCCAUGGAGACCUGAAGCCUGACAACGUUAUGAUGGUGGAUCAUGUAGGGAAGCCUCUUCAGGUCAAGAUUAUUGACUUUGGACUUGCUCGUCCCGUACAACUCGCCACGCCGGGAAGUUUCUUCGGGACACUUUACUACAGCGCCCCGGAGAUGGCGAUAGGAGCUCCGAUGCACCACAGUUUGAAUAUGUGGUCACUCGGAUGUAUAGCGGCUGAAAUGUACCUCGGACGAUUGCUCUUCAGCGCUGCGGACAAUAGUGAUCUGAUGAAUCCGCAUGAUAGCGCCGUGGAUAUGGGUUUAUUCGUGGAUCUGAUCCAACAGCUGCUGGACUUGGAUCCUGAUUCCCGGAUCAACCCCCUGGAAGUAUUGAAACAUCCCUUCACAAACCGGACCCAAGUGCACAAACCAUGCCCUCAUUUGGAGAGCCAGUCGUCCAGCUCCCCCUCUCUCUCAGAGACUCCUCCGGUUAGUCAGACAUGUGGCCUAAAGAGGAAGCGAGAGGAGGAGGAAGAAUGUCCAGAGAAAAGGCGGUUCAAAGGAGAAGAUUUUGUGAUCAGGUAUGUCAAGUGUCCUCUACUUCUUCAGAAUCUUCCAGUGGUCCAGAGUGUUUCAGCCCUGCAGUGGUAUCCAGUGAUCCAGAGUGUUUCAGCCCUGCAGUGGUAUCCAGUGGUCCAGGGUGUUUUAGCCCUCCUGAUUCACUCUCCACAAAGCACCACUCGCUACCUGGUCCGUUGGACGAAAGCGAGUAUUCCUUCGCCCCCCUCGCUCCCAGAGACUCCCACGGUUGCCAAGACUUGUGGCAAAAAGAGGAAGCGUGAGGAGGGAGACGAGAUCCCUGAGAAACGAUUCAAAGUGGUUUCUGUGAUUAGCUCUGAGUUCAGGCAGAGGAGGUCAUUAGGAGCAGAUGGCUCCAUGGGCAGGGGUGAAGAGGAGUCCCUUAUCCGGGACGCUUCUGGAGAGGGUCUGUUCUGUUCUGCAACCCUCUCCACAAGUGGUCAGUGCCCCAAGAAAGAAGGGGCAAGAAGUGGACCUUGA